CAUUUAAAAGUGAACAGGAAAGUAAUGGCGGGUGAGAGCAGUGGAUUAUGGAACAAUUUACCCAGCAUAAUUAUUGUUGAAAUAUUUUCAUUUUUAACAGUGAAAGACAGAUUAAAUGCGUCCUCGGCGUGCAAAGCUUGGAGAAAUAACCUUUUCCAUCCAAAACUAUGGCGUAAAGUCGUAUUCCAAUUAAACAGCUGUGAUAAUAAGACAGUCAAUCAGAAUAAUGACGGGGCCAGAUUUCUAGCCAAGCACUGCGGACGAUUUGCACGAGAAGUUGUCAUCGAAGUAAAUUCAUCAAAUCCUAAAGAUGUCCAGCUUUGUAAAGAUAUAUUAAAAGUUCUCACAUUCAACAAUAAUCUGCGGGCAUUGUCCAUAAAACCACGUAGCUCUCGUUUGGAGUGGUCCGAUUAUAAUGAUACACUUUCAUUGGACCAAUAUUUAGAAUUUUUGAUAAGAAUAAUAAAGACAGCACAUUGCUUGGAACAUUUAUCCCUGGGCUGCAUUGAAGAAUUGCUGGAUCUAUCAGAAUACUUCCUGACACCUUUAGCUGAAUAUCAAGCAGCAUGUAUUCGAUCUCUUCACCUUUCAAGUGUCAAAGAAGUUCCUGGCAACUAUUUUAUUUAUGACAUCAACAGUUCUAUUUUCAAAACAUUUCUAAAUCUCGAAUGUUUGAGCAUAGAUUACGAUUAUAUAAGCGAUCAGUUGCUCGAGAUACUGUCUCAACCACACAGAAGACCACUCCGCAGGCUUAACAUUCAUGUGCAUUCCUUUCACUACAGGCUUCCAGAUAUCAGCACUUCUGCCUGGAAACAGAUAAGGUCUUGCAGCCCAAGCUUAGAGGUUACCAUCAAUUUGUUACAUUUUCACAAUUCUCCAGAACAUGUCCACUACAUCCUCAAUAGUGAAAUGCCACUGACUCACUUCCGAGUCUAUUUUUCAUCCGGUUUCAAUGUUGAAGCUAUCACUCGAAUUGCUUUCAUCAACAAUGAGUCUUUAAAGUCUCUGGUUUUGGUAGAUGAAUUGAAUGAGGAUUCAACUGCAACUUCCACUUUCCUAAGCAGCAGUAUAGAUCCUUUGAUCAUGCUUGCUUGGCGUUGCAAAAGAUUAACUCGAAUGAAAAUAAUAGGGUAUGAAGUUGGCGCCGAUAGCCUAAUAGCGAUCUCCAGGUUACGAGGAGAACAGCUACAAGAUCUACAAAUUCCAGUCUGCUGCAUUUCAACGACACAACUCGAGGACAGCAUACAACUCACUAAGGAAGCUGCAAUUCAGCACAUGCAAAGAGAAGUUAGUUAUGGUCUUCAGAAGCCAUGGCGCCCAUUGUGUGUUGGUGAACUUCCUCUAGCUGUUCGCAAUGUCAAUGUUGAUGCUGAUGGGGCGUAUUUAGAUGAAUUGCUGAGGGAUCAGAAGUGGUAAUGCUUGUUGCCUGUUAUCAUUUUAACUCCCUUGGGUCAGAAGUGUUAAUCUUUAUCUACUGUUUCAAAACUUAAUUCAUUGGAGCUAGUCAUUGUUGUAAUCGCAAAAGGUGUUUAUAUUUGUGCAAAAAAAAAAAGUAUUUAAAUUGCAAUUUUUAUUUUUAUCACACAAGAUCUCGUUUGAGCACUAGGCCAGAUUCAUCCCCUUUAUUUUUAUAAAAUUGUCUCCUAUUUCUGCCUUGCAAAGUAUUUGCAAUUGGAUGCAGUUUCUUAGCUCAUCAACUUUUAUGGUCAUUUUCCGUGUGUCAUUCGUUAGAUUACGUCAUAUCCACUAAAAGUAUGGUUUGCUUGCGCAUGUUUCGUGUUUCACCGAGAAGGUGAUGGAUACGUCUAAAGCAAAGAGUGAAAAAAUCUGCGGGCUUGUUUUUGAGGACCACGAGUGUAGUAGUUAAAGCUAACUCAGCGCUCAAAUGUAGACUAAUUGUGAUUACAUCCUUUUAAAUGCGCACACAUUUCCAUCUUUUAUAUGUGGCAAUUGUCCAUCAGGUUAGGGGAAAGUGCAUAAUUACAAAUAUAUAUGUAUAUAUAAAUGUUAACAUUCCAUUAUAUAAGAUGUUCCUGUUGACAUCUGGGUAAUUGUCAGUUUCCAAACUCAGGGAGGCUCCUGGUGUGAGUAUUGUGGAGCCUAGAUGGUUAAAAAAGUGCCAACUUUUUGGGAUGUCCUUACAUCCAACACCUUUCCCCUAGCACUGAUGCUCAUAUGGUGCUGACAGUGUGUAUUUUAGCACAGACAUCUGAGCUGAUGGUCCUCUUGGUGCCAAGAGUGACCAGGUUAUGUAUAGAGAAUUUAAACUAAAUGAUGCCCUUUAGAAUCAACUGCACAUAUUUUUAAUGUGCAUUGUUUGUCAUACAUGUUUAUUUUAAGAUCUAGUAUUUUUUAUUUCUCUUAAUUUAUUGUGAUGUUGGAGAAGUUUAAGAAAAAUGGGCCCUUUUUGUAGGCUCGAAAUUUACAUAUUUUACAACAUUUGAGAUCUUUUACAUCUACAGAACGAUCGUGUUCUUGUUGUUAUUGUUUUUUCCAUCUGGGUAUGGUGAUAUCGAGAUUGGAGAACUCUGUUACAUCUGUGAGUGUAUGAUAGUUAUCUAGAUUUUACACCUGUGUAUGACAAGUCCGCCGAACAUCUUGUAUUUUAUCGAGACAGCUGUGAUAUUGAGAUGUAUUCUAGAUCUAGAAGUGCAAUGCAUAAUGUAUUUAACACCAAACUGCUCACUGGUCGCCAUUGUGAAUUGUUGCAGUGGCAGCUAUCCAUGCUGCAAUAAAUAUAUUUUGGGGUAGACAGAGAAUAUGCAGCACUAUAUCACAUCGAUGGUGUUACGAUGUUCCAACUAUUGAAUGUUAAAAGUGUAAUAAUCUUUAUUCAGAUGUUUAUGUAUGUUGUGUUUCAAUUAUAAAUCAGUUUGUUUAAUUGUAAAAAAGAUUUAAAAUCCUCAAAAUAAAUAGUAUGGUGCUUAUAUACAAUUCUAGAAAUCUUGUAUAUGUGAACUUAUCAUUUUGUAACUGUGAUUUAUAUGGAAUGAAUGCAACAUGUUCUUCAUUUUCAAAUCUCUGUGUAAAAUGUAUAAACUUUUAUUUUUUAUUUGGAUUCUGCAUAAAUGAAAGUAAUCUAACAGAAAAUUCAAAAUAAAAUAUUUUACCAAAGGGCACGCUCAAUUAAUUGCCAUCCAGUAAUUUUUUAUAUGCAAUACAGGUUCAUAAUGUAAUAAAAAAGUUCAUUUAAUUCAUAUUUUCAGAGGAAUUUUUUCAAAUGUUAUCUAUCUCUUACAGUAACAAAAAAAUUAAUUUUUGUUUAUUUCGAUUCAUCAUCAAGCAAAAGUUAACAAUGAAAAGUUUGAAAUGUGCAACGUAAUAAAAAGGAUAACUUAUGCCUUUUAAUGUGCAUUGUGUGUUGUUUAAUAAAUAAGAAGAUAUAUCUCUUAAAAACAAAUACUGAUUUUGGCAAUAUAAGAAAAGUGACAGUCAUUAAUUAUUUUGAUCAAGUACCUGCCUUAACUGUACAAUAUAUAACUUAUGCCAAAGAAUCCAUGUUGCAUAAUAAUGUUACUUCAUCUAAAAGUCACACAAUGUAUCAAAAUUUUCUCAUUCAGUGUUUACAAUGUAUGUGCACAAUUCUUAAUAUUCAAAAGUGUAAUAUAUGGUUGUAAUUCAGAUUUGUUCUGAUUCUAAACCACUUUAAAUUUUUUUUAUUUAUUCAGAAAAUUUAAUUUUAAUAAUUAUCAAAUUGUGAUUUAUUGAUUGGAUAUCUAUUUAUCUUUCUAUGCUUACUCUUGUUGUAAAGCACUCUUAUUGAGCAUGCAUACUUCCUAAUAGAGGCUUCAAUGUUUAUUGUGAAGUUUUGUAUUUAUAGGUGGAAGCAUUCUUCAUUUAAGAUAUGAAUUUGAAUCAUAUUUUUGCCUUGGUGUUUUUACAAUUUAAUAUCUCAUUAUGUUAAUGUAGAGUAGAAAUGUCAAUGGCUGUCAUUGCACAUAAAUACAAUAUGCAUGCUUAAUACUAAAGACUUAAUUUUUGUAAUUCAAAUUUUGCAUUGUCAUUAAAUUCAAAUUAUUUAAACAUAUUUUAAUUAUAAUUGACUAUCAAAUGGAUCUUUACUUCCACUUUGAUUUCAAAGCAUUCAGUGUUAAAUGAAUUAGUCAUUAAAUUUUAAAGCCUGUGUUUCAGUCUAUACUUAACCUUUCAUUGGUUGUAAUUUUUACAGUCAUGUAUUUUAUGUUCAAAAUAAAAAUAUUGUUUGAAAAUCA